AUGUCAAAAAACGUGGAAGGUGUUGAAAUAAAAAAGAGCUUGGGAUUUUUGAGGGUCUGUCUGCGAUGUUGUACAAAGCCCCGUGUCUUGGGUUUUGACAACAUGGGAGGUCUUUUCUCUAAAUAG